UUAAAGGCUUCCAUGGCGUGGAAAAUGUGUGUGGAUAAAGAUAAGCUAGUCAUGACUUAAUAAAAAAAGACUUUCAAGGAGACAGUAUUUUAGUUUGCAUUUUUAAGAUAAGCAAGUCAUGAGGACCUAAAAGACUACCAAAGGAGGCAAUAGUUCAGUUUUAUGUAACAUUUGGAAGAAAUGCUAGUCAUGACCUACAUGACCAUGAUCGUGGGGUUAUUUAUCCUUGUGAAACUUGUAUAUUCCAGUAGUCCUCUGGAUCAUUUCAUGUUUAAUGGAUACGCACUGAAGCUGGGUGGAAGUGUAAAGCUUGAUUCCAAUGGCCUAUUCACGCUAACCAAUACUACAAUGCGAGAGAUCGGUCACGCUUUCUACAACUUUCCCCUCCAAUUCAAGAACUCCACAAACGACGGUAGUGUUAUCUCCUUCUCUACCACUUUCAUUUUUGCAAUUGUACCGGAGUACCCAAGACUUGGUGGCCAUGAACAUGGAUUGGCCUUUGUUGUUUCACCUUUCAAAGAGCUCCAAGGAGCUCUACCUUCCCAAUAUAUUGGGAUCUUCAAUAAUACCAACACUAGGCUUAGUUCAAAUCAUAUUGUUGCUGUUAAGCUAGACACCUACCAAGACCUCGAAUUCGAGGACAUAGAUGACAACCAUGUUGGCAUCGAUAUUAACAGCUUGCAAUCAAACAAGUCUGCUAGUGCAGGUUACUUUCCUACACGUGAAAAUGAUACCUUUAAAGAUCUAAACCUCAAAAGUGGUGACCCAAUGCAGGUUUGUGUGGAAUAUAAUGGAGUAGAGAAGCAACUUAACGUUACCCUUUCUCCAAUUAAUGUACCCAAGCCUGAACUCCCACUCUUGUCCUUGACGCAAGAUCUUUCACCAGUCCUGCAUGACUACAUGUAUGUAGGCUUUUCAACCUCCACAGGUUUACCUACCUCAUUUCAUUACAUACUAGGUUGGAGUUUUAAGAUGAAUGGUCAAGCAGAACCAAUCAACCUGUCUCGCCUUCCCAAGAUCCCCGGGUCACCACAAGUGAAAGAAAAUAAAAAGAUAAUGUUGGCAUUGGCAAUUGUUUUUCCCUUCAUAGGACUUCUUGUACUCCUGGCCCUCACCUUUGGUGCUCUGCUAAUCACGAGGAAGAAAAAGUUCACAAAAGAGCUGGAGGAUUGGGAGUACCAGUACGGCCCUCACAAAUUCAGUCAUAAGAUUCUAUCCAUGGUGACAAAGGGUUUCAAAGAGAGAGAACUUCUUGGCAGGGGAGGCUUUGGUAGGGUGUACCGGGGUGUGCUACCAACGUCGAAUAUACAGGUUGCUGUCAAAAGAGUUGCCCAUGAUUCGAGACAAGGAAUGAGGGAAUUUGUAGCAGAGAUUGCAACCAUAGGCCGGCUGCGCCACCUAAACUUAGUCCGCCUCCUUGGCUAUUGUCGGCAUAAGCAAGAACUCUUCUUGGUUUAUGAUUUCAUGCCCAAUGGAAGUCUUGACAAGUUUCUUUAUGGCCAACCCAAGGGGAUGCUAAUUUGGAUGCAAAGAUUUAAGAUCAUCAAAGACGUAGCAUCAGGCCUCUUCUAUUUGCACCAACAAUGGGUACAGGUUAUCAUUCAUAGAGAUAUCAAGGCCAGCAAUGUUUUGAUAGACAACAACUUCAAUGCAAGAUUAGGGGAUUUUGGGCUUGCCAAAUUUUGUGACCAUGGAACCGAUCCUCAAACCUCCCAUGUAGCCGGUACUCUUGGCUAUAUUGCACUUGAGUUGGCUUGUACUGGAAAAGCAAAUACAAGCACUGAUCUGUUUGCAUUUGGGACAUUUAUGCUAGAGGUUGUAUGCGGUAGAAGGCCGGUGGAACACCAGGCUUCUCCCAAGAAAAUAAUUUUGAUAGAUUGGGUGCUUGAGUGCUUGGAAAGGGGAAACAUUCUUGAGGCCAUUGAUCAAUGUCUAGGAACUGAGUAUGUUGUUGAGGAAGCUGAGUUGGUGUUGAAGCUGGGGUUGCUUUGCUCACAUGCUGUGGGUGCAGCUAGGCCAAGCAUGUCUGAUGUGGUAAAAUACUUGGAAGGUGAAGCUCAACUACCUGAUAACGUGAGUGAUAUAAUUAAGUCUCGGGAUUUCCGUGAAGCCACAAAUGGACAGGAUGUGGCACCAAUUUUUGUUCCAUCAGUAACAAUCACAGAGCCAUUCGUCUCUAGAGGCCGUUGA